UUAUGACAACAUUUACAGACAGACGCAGACAGCUGAUCAGACAAAUGGAUUUUACUCCCAGUUAAACCGGUCUCAGACGCCUGCUGAAACAUUCUGCAUUUGAUCAAGAACCGUGAAUAGUUUCCAGGAAGGACCAAGCCUUAAAAUCAGUGCCAAAAGGGGUUUUUCUCUUCAAAGUGAUCUACCAUUUACAGCUCCAUUGCCAUCCAUGCCAGUUAUGCCAAUAGAUAUGGGGAAGAAGACAACAACAAAAGCGAAACCCCUCAUCACCGCCGCCUCCGCCGGUCACUACCGUAAGGUCAGUCAGCUCUUGGAGAACGGUGGCGAUCUCGAUGUCCGAGACAAGGAUGGACGCACGGCGCUCCACCGAGCGGUCAAGAACGGCCACUUGAAGACAGUGGACGUCUUGUUGAGGAGAGGCAAUUGUUGGCGAUCGUUACGGGCGAGGGAUCCGUACGGCUGGGCUGCUAUCCACUUCGCCGCCCAGUUCAACAACAAGAACAACGUGAUCAGUCUCCUGUUGGAUCGGGGUGCGGACGCUUCCCUGAAAACCUACCGUGGAUGGACGGCGCUCCAACAAGCCGCGUACAAGGGCGACUGUUACACCAUCGCGUCACUUCUGAGCCACGAGAAGGUCGCCAGACGAUCCGUGCUCUCAGCAUCCCAGGUCUACAGCAGGACUGCACUUCACUAUGCAGUAGAAAGGGGGCGCUUCGCCGCCACCAAGCUGCUGUUGGAGUUUGGGGCUGACAUCAAUGCGAAGGACGUCUUUGGGCAAACACCUCUGCACCGAGCCGCGCAGGAGAAUUCCGUAAGGGAGGUCGAACUCCUUCUGUUGGCGGGGGCGGACUUUAAGGCCAAAGACAGGAACGGAAAGACGCCGGCCGAGAUCGCGGCAGAUGGCAGCAAGUGUCAAGAACUCUUGUCAGGCCACGAGCAGCACCAUCCAAGCUUACAGCGACUGUGCAGACUGAGAGUACAUGCAAUUCUAGAGGAAGGGAGAUCUGAAGAUAUACAAGACUUCCCCCUCCCUCCGCCACUAAAGAACUUCCUCAUGUUUAAAAAUGUCCUGUGAACUGUCAACUCCCGUUAUCUUCAGUGAUAAAUAGCUUUUACUUUUUAGUGUUUAUUGUAAAAUUAGAAUGGAGUCGUAUUUUUUAAAUGGAUUGUAUUUUAACUGAUUUUGUCCGUAAGAAAAAUACAAAAUUUUAGUUGUCAUAGCGUGUGAUUCCAACAGAGGCAUGCAAUAUGGGUCCAGUUUAUAGUGAAAUCGAAGUAGCCAUUUUUUUAAAACACUGUCUUUAUAUUUAUGGCUUUAUUUGUGAAUCAGUUUUAGCACAUUUUACUGUGAUUGAUUUAUAGCCUAUGGGGGUAUCUCACUGGACUGUGGUACGUUUGUGGCACUGCUGUGUCCUGUAUUGGACUUGUGUAAUACCCUUCACUUUAUAAUGGGAAUACAGUAGAAGCCACGUAAUUGAACAGCUUAUUUGCCUGUGAAUUCUGUACAAUUAUCCGGCUGGUGCAAUAAUGCGAAGUUAUCUUCUAGCUGGACCGCCCAGGUUUGGGAUUUGGGGAUUCCGUGCAGUUAACAGAAGUGUGUGAAAAUCCGUCGUGCAAUUAACUGGCUUCUACUGUAUCAUGCAAAACCACCGGAUGCCAUAAACUCGCCACAUAGCAAAAAUGUUGUAGAGGCCUUCUCUAGAUUGUCUUGAAUGCCUAAAUUUUUGAAGUAUAUACCUCAGGUUUAUACGGAUGCUGUAUUAAAUGGUAAAUCUCGUGAAUAACUUUAUAUCAAUGUAUUUUUCCCCAUGUGGCAGUAUUAUGGCACCUGGUGGAAUUAUGUGAGUUUAUUUUACAAGUAUCUGACAUGUCUGUAUGAAGAAAGGCAUUAAAAAAUUGGAAAGAUUGUGAGUUAAGAAACAACAACACACUGCCAGAUCAUAAAUUUGACAAUCAUAUUAUUCCAUACAGUGUGUAUAUAUAAAUUAUUAUAUAUUAAAGUGUAUUGUAGGUACAGCCAUAUAGUGCUGGGUAGAAUUAUGUGCACGUGAUUGGUCCAAGACUUUUUCUAUAAAUAUAAUAAGUGUUGCAUAUAAUAAGAAGUGCAAGUCAAGAGUCUGGGGGCAUUUGACAAAGUUGUUUUGUACAGAGAUACUUUACUGAAGGUAUUACUCUUGAAGUACAAAAUAAUAUAUUAUACAUGCACAUUAUGUAGUCACAAAUUUGGAGGCAUUGGUUUGAAAGAGUACAGUCCAACCAAACUUGCACAUUGCAUGGGUGAAAAAAGUACAUAUAGUUGAUAAAUCAUGUUAUGAAAUCUAUAGAUACUUAAUCAUACUUUUUAUUGCAUUUUGUAAUAACUCAAUCAUAAUUAUGCCACAUCAAUGUAUUUUUCGUUCUGGAAGCAAGCAGACAUAAAACUGAGUGCCCCUUAGUCAUAAACCGAGCCCUCAAGCUUUUCAAACUAUGUUUGUUUUAAAUCCGAGAAGCAACAAAUUAAUGCAUAUUGGUGUUGCAUGAUACUUUCGGUUGAAAGUAUACGAACAUCUACAUGUAAUGUGAAAUACUUUUUAGCCAUACUUCAGCUGCUAAUUCAAGUUCUGUUGUGGUUAAUACAAUCCAACAUGAUCAUUUUACUUAACACGAUACCCUAUAGAAUGUACUAUGGUUUUGCAUUAUAAAUAUGGCCUCCUUCGGUCAAUAUUGACCGUAAAAUCCUAUACAAUCCUAUACAAUGUACUAAGGUUUUGCAAUGUAUAUAGUGUUAUAUGAUAUAUUUGAGUCUUAAAUCCCUCUAUGUUAUAUUAUAUAGUGAUAUAUGUAAUGAUGAGAUUUGUGAUUCAGCAUCUUACUAGUACUUAAGAAACACAGAUUAAACCAUGGUGCCAUAUUACUUAAGGAACCCUGAUUUCAGUUUCAAAUUUUAGUCAUUAUUCAAAUUAUUAAGAAAAAAAACACUACAGCAGCUUAAAGAUGUAUUAAGUGUGUAAUAUCUUACCCUGGGCAUUUUAGACAGUUAUUUUGUGUAACGAGUGUCGUUAGUUUAAAAAAAACUGCCAUUUUCAGUUCUUGUUUUUCUUUCACUCAAAUUUCUAAUGUUAGUUGUAGAUUUGACAUCACCCUUGUAUGUAGACAUGUUAGUGCACUGCUGCAAUUGUUGGAUCCUGUCAUAAUUGAUUAUAGUGUUGAGUUUAUCUAAAGAUGUGAUCUUGUUAUUUUUUAUUGUAAUAGUUAUAAUCUGCAUAAUUAGAGAUGUUGUGUCUUGUUUUAUGGCUGCAAGUCCGAGAUGAAUAAACUUGGCACAAUGGUAAAUUUA